CUCAGCGAGCCGGAGGAGCUCAGCAUGCCCGAGCCGGAGCUCAGCGAGCGGGAGGAGCUCAGCAUGCCCGAGCCGGAGCUCAGCGAGCGGGAGGAGCUCAGCAUGCCCGAGCCGGAGCUCAGCGAGCGGGAGGAGCUCAGCAUGCCCGAGCCGGAGCUCAGCGAGCGGGAGGAGCUCGCGCUGCCAGCCGAGGAGGAGCUCGCGCUGCCAGCCGAGGAGGAGCUCGCGCUGCCAGCCGAGGAGGAGCUCUCGCUGCCAGCCGAGGAGGAGCUCAGUGAGCCGGAGGAGCUCUCGCUGCCAGCCGAGGAAGGACCCGCUCAGCCGGAGCCGGAGGUCAACGAACCUGAGGGACCUCCACGUCUAGCGCGGCCUCCGCGCCAUCCACGUCUAGUGCGUCCAUGUCAGCGACCAGCGUGUCGUAGACCGUGUGCCACGCCUCGCUGCUGCUCACCGGAGCAGCGACGUUGCCAUCGGACCCGUGGCAGGCCACCAGAACCGUUCCGCCGCCACCGGACCCGUGGCAGGCCGCCGGUGGAGCAGCGCCGCCGCCACCGGACCCGUGGCAGGCCACCAGGACCGUUCCGCCGCCACCGGACCCGUGGCAGACCGCCGGAGGAGCAGCGCCGCCGCCACCGGACCCGUGGCAGGCCACCAGAACCGUUCCGCCGCGGCUGCCGGACCCGUGGCCGCCCGCCGGAGCUGCUGCGUUUCCAUCAAGGGGUUAGAGGUAGGCCACCUGAACUGUUUUGCCGCCACUGCCUAACCCGCAGCGGGUCCCGCUUGUUUUGCCGUCCUGCAGGUCGGCCGCCAGAACUGUGUUUGCUGCCACUGGACCGGGGGAUUGGACUGUUGAACUGUGUUUUUCUUUUGUUGCUUUGAGGUGGCUGUUUAGCGGACUGGUUUUGGGGCCCUCCGUCCUGGACCCCCCGCCACCCCCCUGGGUUGGUUGUACUGUGGUUCUUUGUUUUGUUUCUUUUGGGUCGUCGGGAGCCGACCCUUUGAGGGGGGGUACUGUCACGGACCCAGUUCCAGGGAUUCGGGGUCCGUGAGCAGUCUGGACUACUAUUGUAGUUAUUAUCAUUAUUAUUGUGGUUAUUGUUAUUAUGGUUGUCUGCUGUCUUGUUUUCCGUGUUGGUGUACUGUCAGGUGUUUAUGGGUGUGUGCAUGUGUGUGAGGGUGCGGUCGUGGCAGGCACUUCUAGGCCUGGUGGGUGUGGCCCUGCCAGCUGACCGGUCCCACCCAGGAAUCCACACACACCUGGCGCCGAUCAAGCCUCGUCAGAGGAGCUUCAAAACAGUGUGGCUGAGAGCUCCUCGACGCUGGAUCGUUGAGUGACUUCCCGAGGAAUUGUGGCGACCAGGAGGCAGCACACGGACAGUACACAGGGAACGGAGACAGAGCACGGAGCACGGGAUAAAGGAGAAGACACGGAACGGGAGUUGGGAUCGCACGGGGA